AUGGAGAAGAAGCAAAGUGAAAGCUUUAGGCAAUAUGCUUAUAGAUGGAGAGAGAUGGUAACGCAAGUCCAACCAUAUUUUCUAGAUAAUGAGACAACAAUGCUUUUCAUAAACACUGUAAAAGCCCUAUUCAUUAACUAUAUAUUAGGAAGUGCUACCAAGAGCUUCUCAGAUAUAGUAAUGUCCAGAGAGAUGAUUGAAAAUACAGUAAGGAGUGGGAAAAUAGAUGCAGGAAAAAUGCUAAAAGAUCAUCCCCAAGAAAGAAGGAAAAUGAGAGCUUUGGUGCAAAAUUUGAUGGAUAACAAAGAGUUUGAAUUCUUUGAAGAUGUCAAGGAUUUGGAAGGAGAAGAUGUUUGCACAUUGGAGGAAGGAUCAAUGGAGAAGGUUAACAAGGUCAAUCACCCGAUAUUGAUUAUUUCACGAUUGAGAAAUAAUGAAGCAAGAACACAAGCUGCACCAAGAGUUAUAAUUCAUAAACCCGUGACUUUUCCCUAUAAGGAUAGCAAAAGAGUUCCAUGGAAUUAUGACUGCAAUGUGAUAUCACAGAAGAGGAGAGCUCAAUGGGCACCACAGAAGAUGGCUAGGAUAUUGGUUUCUACACGCAUAGUGGGAGGCGCUAUGGCCUUACAAGUGCGAGAAUCGAGCCCAUUAAAGGAAAAACCCUGCGAGUAUAAUGUUGUAGAGCAGCUACACAAACAACCAACUCGCAUAUCAAUACUAGCUUUGCUCUUGAGCUCAGAAACACAUUGUAGCGCGUUGAUGAAUGUGUUGAAUAACACCUAUAUUGCUAAUGAUAUCUCUGUGAAUAAGCUAGACCGCUUGGUUAACAAUAUAAGUGCCGACAAUUUCAUCUUUUUCAAUGAUGAUGAAAUACCUCCGGAGGGCAUGGGAUCCACGAAGGCCCUACAUAUCAAUACCCGCUGCAAAGGAUAUACACUACUAGGAAUGUUAAUCGACAAUGGAUCUGCACUGAAUGUCUUACCUCUAUCCAUACUGAAUAGAUUACCAGUGGAUAGAUCUCACAUGAAGAAGUGUCAAAAUAUAGUGAAAGCAUUCGAUGGUACAGAAAAGAGAGUGAUGGGAAAGAUUGAAAUACCUGUCUUAAUUGGUCCAAACACAUAUGAGAUUCACUUGGCUAGGGUAGUGCCGUCGUCGCUACACCAAAAAUUGAAGUUGGUAACGGAGGGUCGACUGGUGAUGAUAAAUGCUGAAAAGGGUAUCAUUGCAUUAGUAACUAGUGACGCACUAUACAUAGAAGCGGGUGAAGAGGCAAUAGAAUGUUCCUUUCGAUCACUGGAAUUUGUUAAUGCAACUUUCAUUGUUGAAGGAAACAAGAUCCCAGAUACAGGCCAGAUGCGAUGCAAAAGAAGAAAAGCACAACUAAGUGAGGGAGAAGUCAAGUGGGAACCGAUGACCUUUCCCCAUAUAUCUAAAAUGUUCGUGUCAGGAAGAGCCAUUUAUCUUGAGCAAAAGAUGUCAGAAAAAGAAAGCCUGGAAGGAAAGUUAGGAAAUUUAAGCAUCAACGCCAUAUUCGAAAAAGGAAUUGGGGAAGAAAACCUAUUAGGCAUUUGCCCUUAUAUACCUGGAAGUGUUUUGAACAAGUGGACUGUGGAAGAGAUCCCUGUAAUUUUUAGAACAAGUUUAGAGUAA